CUUUCAUCGACAAGAUGCACAGUCAGUCGUACGUUCGUCACAAUGCCCCGAGCAUUCGGAUAUGACUUACUUUAUCAGAUGGCCCGAAAUCGGCCGCUGGAGAAGUGAAAAGGGAGCCAUUUCGCCCUCAGAUUCUUAGGGAUCUGCACUCAUGUCGUUUAUAUCAUGACGAACUACAUGACCAUGGAUAUCCAAGCCAAGACAGACGCUCGCCCCCAGGUGAACGAAUCGACGCCCUCCACCAAAUCAAUCGAGCAUGGCACCAACGACACUGAACUUGAACGCGCCCUCCAUGGCCGCCAUCUCCAAUUCAUCGCUAUCGGCGCCGCGGUCGGUACAGGUCUCUUCAUCGGCACGGGCAACGCCCUCGCAACAGCCGGCCCCGUCUCCCUCCUCAUAGCAUUCAUCUUCGUCGGAAGUCUUCUCUUCGCAGUAAUGACAGCCCUAGGCGAAAUGGCAGCAUACAUCCCCGUCGCAGGCGCGUUUACAACAUACGCCUCGCGCUUUCUCGACCCAACAUUUGGCUUUGCCAUGGGUUGGAUUUACUGGUUUAGCUGGACCAUCACUUUUGCGCUUGAGUUGACAGCUGCGGGACUGAUCAUCCAGUACUGGGAGAAGGGACUGAAUAUCGGUAUCUGGAUCGCUGUGUUUUGGGUCCUCUUCACUGCUGCCAAUUUCAUGCCUGUUCGUUGGUUUGGAGAGUUCGAAAUGUGGUUCUCGAGCAUCAAGGUCAUCACUAUCAUUGGCUUCAUUAUCUUUUCGAUUUGCGUCAACGCCGGCGUUGGAGACCAAGGAUAUCUCGGGUUCAAGUACUGGAAGGACCCUGGAGCUUUCAGUGAGCAUCUUGUCGAGGGAGAUGUUGGCCGUUUCGUCGGCUUUUGGUCCGUAUUAAUCACCGCCGGUUUCAGUUAUCAGGGUUCAGAAUUGGUAGCCAUCGGUGCAGGCGAAACAAAGGAUCCGCGCAAGACGAUCCCUUCAGCUAUGCGUUGGACCUUUUGGGGCGUCUUCUCAAUCUUCAUCGCGACCGUGUUCUUCCUCGGUCUCAAUAUCCCGUCGACGAACAAAGACCUUCUCAGCGAAUCGCAAGACGCUUCAGCAUCUCCUCUGGUUAUUGUCGCUCAAUUGGCUGGUGUUCCAGUACUGCCUUCCAUCCUCAACGCGGUUCUGUUGACUGCUGUAUUGACUGCUGCGAACUCGGAUGUGUAUUCCAGCAGCCGCAUUCUCAUCUCCUUAGCAGACUCGGGCCACGCACCGGCAUUUCUGAAGAAGACGAACCGAUUCGGAACGCCUUAUAAUGCCGUCGGUGUCUGCGCCGCUGUCGGCUUUUUGUCUUUCCUCAAUCUAUCGAACGACGGAACUGUUGUGUUCAACUGGUUCUUGAGCAUUACCUCUGUUGCAGGAUUUAUCGCAUGGGCUAUCAUUUCGCUCUGUCACAUUCGCUUCAUGAAGGCCUUGUCUCUUCAAGGGAUUUCCCGAUCCGAAUUACCCUACGUUGCGCCCUUGCAGCCAUACUUGUCUUGGUAUGGUCUGUUCUUCAGCGUGUUGAUUAUCAUCACGAAUCUGUUUCCAAACAAUUUCAAGAUCCCCAAGGACACGAGGCCUUUCGACAUGUUUCAGGACGCGUCAAUACAUUCGUUGAUACCAACGACGCUGCUCCUUCUCUGUCUUGAUGCUGGUUACGUCUUGGCAGCUUCGGAAGGCUCGGGGCUUGAUCGGUGUCCAGAUUACGUCGCUAAUCAUGCUCCAUUAGUAUGGCUUCAUCCAGAAGAUCGCUUCAUGCCCAGCGAUCUCUCAGCUCACAUCGUCAACACAAUACCGAAACUCAAUGAGCAACCGAUUAGUGGGCCGUCAUCCAUUGACCUGUCGAAUCUCGGAGAGCUCAAUAGCUACGGUGGUGAGGAUGUUGCGCUCACAGCCAAGGAAGAUCCUCUCACUUAUCCCACUUGGAUUUUGGGCGAAGCACCGGAUGCUUCUGGUCGAAUAGCCAACUCUGUACCCUGCGCCGUGAUCUUGGUGGAGAAGAGCGAGGUUGACAUCGACGCAUUCUACUUUUACUUUUACUCAUUCAACGAGGGGCCAAAUAUCACCCAAGUUAUGGAACCGAUCAAUCAUCUAGUUGGAGAUGAGAACUUAUCCUCUGGGAUGCACUUUGGUAACCACGUUGGAGACUGGGAGCACAAUAUGGUCAGAUUUCACAAUGGGACUCCUGUUGGUGUUUACUACAGCCAGCAUGUUGACGGCGUUGGUUUCAAAUGGGAUGACUCGACGGUCAACAUCACUGAUGGAAGGCCUAUCGUGUACAGUGCCCUCGGUUCGCAUGCUAACUAUCCACAAAGAGGCCACCAAAUUCAUAACGCGGCAAUGUUCGACUACUGUGACGAGGGCAAGCUAUGGAACCCAGCUCAAUCAGCCUACUACUAUCGUUUCAAUCCCGAUUCUUUCACCGUCACUCCGAUUAUUUCGCCCUUUGAACCGUCUGCGACUGAGCCCGCUCAGAACUACACUUCGUGGUUCGACUUUACUGGUCACUGGGGUGACAUCAGCUAUCCCGACUCUGACCCACGGCAAGAAACGGUGCCGCACUUUGGUCUCAAGCGCUUCAACUCUGGACCCAAUGGUCCUCGCUUCAAGCAUCUAAUUCGCAAGGGUCUUGUGCGUGAUCAUGCGCGAGAGAUGGGCUGGAAAGAGUGGGCAGUUGGUGUUUUUAUGUAUUGGUAUCCUUGUUGUAUACGAGGCUGGAGAUUAUGGAGGUCUCUGGGGAUCAUGGCCGUCAUGAUGUCGGCGUUUGUGCUUGCAGUUGUGUACGGAAUUAGAAGGCUGAAGACGUGGAAGCAGAGACAGGUUUACACGAAACUGAAGAAUGAUGAUAUCCCGAUGGAAGAGUUGAGGAGGGAAGAGGAGUUCUUGAUAGGGUCUGACGAUGAGGAGGAUGAUCAUCGACGAUAGACGGGACGACUUCAUAUUUACUGUUCAAAUAGGCACAUAGAUUAGACAAGCAACAAGACUUCCUAUCAUGCA